UUUGCCAUCAAACCGACCGAAGGGAAGAAGGACCAACAAAACGACAGCGAUGACGGAGAGCACCCUGCCACCACAACUGGACUUCUCCAAGCCAGGGUCGUUUCCGUAUGAAACGCUGCGAACGCGCAUGCCGGUCAUCUUGACCAAGGCCAUCGACAGCUUGCACCAGCACAUCUCAGACAACGUGGAGGAUGAGGGCCGCUCGGAGGCCAUGGCGUCGAUUGGACGCUUGACCAAGUUGAAGUACGAGAUGCAGACGGGCAAAGUGAUGCGCAAGCUGGACGAUGACGGGGAUGACGUGGAUGUGUGGCACGAAACCUUGGAUCGGAUGGCGGCACAGCAUUCUGAAGAUGCAAAGUGGUGGAAGCUGCCUUGGCUCUUCUCCGAGUGCUACAUGUACCGUCGUAUCCGCGAAGCCACCCUACUCUCACGAAUGCUGCGUGAUGUGGACCCAUUCUGGGGCUCAAAGACAUCUUCGUACCACUGCUCCGAGACACGCAUCGGGGAGCUGGCGGCGUUUGUGCACGGAACAGCGUGUCGCAUGGACAACAACGAAAAGGCCUUUGAAAUUCUCCUGCAGUUCAGUCUGUGGGGCAACAAGAGCGACCUGUCCCUCAUGGCCGAUUUCGACGGCAGCGAAUCCCUCGACCACAUGCAGGCGAGCACAGAGGCGCAUCUGCAGGAGCUGAAGCAGCACAUUCUCUGCGAUGACACCGCCAUGCUGUGGGAACGAGUUUCAUCGUUCAAGAACGCAUGCGUGCACAUUGUCCUCGACAACGCAGGCAUCGAGCUGUUUUCUGAUCUGUGUUUUGCGCACUGGCUUGUGCACACCAAUCACGCAAAGACGGUUGUGUUCCACGGCAAGGCGUAUCCGUGGUUUGUCUCUGACGUGACGCGGCGGGAUCUGGACUGGAUGCUGGACCAAUUGUCCGAGACGGAGGACAGCGACGCACGUGCGCAUCUCGCCGCCCUGUGGAAGCAACACUUUGCAGAGGGCGUCUUUGUCUACCAGAGUGAUCCCUUCUGGACAUAUCCACACGAGUUUGAGCGCAUGCCCGAAUCCGCGCCCGACCUCUACAAGACGCUGGCCUCUGCAGAUCUCAUCAUGUUCAAGGGCGACCUCAACUAUCGCAAGCUGGUUGCCGAUCGGAUGUGGCCUGCGGACACGCCAUUUGAGAAGGCACUUGGUCCCUUUACGCCGGCCAUGCUGGUUGCCCUGCGCACUCUCAAGUCGGACACGCUGGCCGGCGUGCCCCUGGCGCGGGUGAAGCAGGCAGAGGAGAACGACCCAGCGUGGAACGUCAACGGCACCACCGCCGUGAUCCAGUGCUUUCGCCCAGCAGCGGCACAGUGAUGGCGAUGUUCACGUGCACUGGAGGCGGGGGGGGGCGACACACGGGUGAAUGGUGCAUGAGGACGAGGCAAGGAAGAGGCACGACACGACAUCGCGUCACAUCACAUCACAGGCAACAAGCAGUGCAGCAAGGUCCGCCGUCAGGCAACUACAAGCACUACCAUACAUAUUUCUGUGUGUCGUGCGUCAGGCGUGUAUUGGGAAUAAGCGACAUCAAAAAGUAGCACACUUUCACCGAGUAUUCUUCGCUACCGCGAAGGACCAACCAAUCGUCACUCCGCCUUAAAUGGAAGUGCAUUUGAGAAUGAAACACGGCAGUCGACUCCGUCGAAGCGUUUGUCCCUGCGAUACGACACCCCCUGCUUGCCCCGGGUGCCCCUUCCCUUUGUUCCACCUUGAUUGCUUGCGUGCUUUGUGUGCUCUUUUGUUGCGCGUUUUCCCUCGUUGUGCUUUUCUUUGUGUUCUUUGUUGUUGUUGUUUUUGUCGCUUGCUUGCUUCUUGGUGCGCCACGCACACACGCACAAACACCAGCGAACCGCACAACGCACAGAAAAGCAAAGCAAAGCAAGGC